AAUCCGAUACCUAAUUUGGUUAUUUUGAAAUAUCCCCAAAUAUAUACUAGUAAUCUGUGAAUAUCCCUAUAAUAAUUCCAUAUCAGCGAUAAACUUUUAACAUAAAUGAAUCUCCGAACAUAAAAGGUAUUGAUUGUGUUGUGGGUACUUCGUUCGCCAUUCCAAAUAACAAUGUUUUUGCACAUUAUUCUCAAUGUUCUUCUUAUCACAAGUGUUUUAAGUGAUAACGAGGUUGAUGUAAAGUCAGAAGAAGAUUUGGGAGUAAAAUACGCCAACCGUUGCGAAGUUUGUAAAAUACUUGCUACUGAAUUACAAGCGAGGUUAGAGGAGACCGGUAAAGUGCACGACGUACUCGAAAUCGGGUAUUCCUUGGACGAUGUACAGCCAAAGAAAAAAACUAAAUAUGAAAAGUCUGAGCUUAGACUGAUCGAAUCCAUCGACGGCGUAUGCGACAGAAUCUUGGAGUACAACAUACACAAGGAACGAAAAGACAGCACCAGAUUUGCAAAAGGCAUGAGUCAAACUUUCAAAACUCUUCAUGGCCUCGUGGACAAAGGUGUGAAAGUUGAUCUGGGGAUACCAUUAGAGUUGUGGGAUAAACCAUCCGCAGAAAUCACCCAUAUGAAGACACAGUGCGAGAGUCUUCUAGAAGAGAAUGAGGAAGCAAUAGAGAAUUGGUAUUGGAAUCAUCAGGGUAGCGUUGACUUAAAGCACCAUCUAUGUACAAAACAUGCUCUGAGGAACACAGACAAUUCCUGCUUAUUUGAGGAGGUGAAGAAUGUCAAAGGGGAAGAAAAAGACAAAGAUGAACUCUAGUUCUCUCGUUCAGGCUGUUUAGUCAUUAUUUUUAUUUUUAUAUCAAUAUGUUCUAAUGUGAUCUUAAUUUUAAAAUAAUUGUAUCCAAACA